UAAAAAACCUUAAGGAAGCUACUGAAACAUCCGGUGAUGUGUUCAACAGCUCCAGGAAUUUCUUGCCUAAUUGUAUUGUUCUUCUAAACACCAGAUUUGCUGCUCACAAACGCGUUCUGGAGAAGCAGUUUGUUUCAUUUGUAAGGUGAGGUGAAAGCUGCACGAUUCCGUGGAGAAACCAGAGUCCAGCCAGGCUGUGGGGAUGGAAGUUUUAGGGCAGGAGAACACCAAGGAGGUGAUGAUGGUGUGAGGGAAAACUCCUUGGGACAUCAUGAUGCUUAUCGAUGUGGAUGUUGUUCCAGAUCCUCCUCUCCUGGCCUCUCUGCGUCUCCUGAUCCCACCUCUGCGCCUGAUCUCGGCAGUCCUGUGGCGGGUCGUGCAGCAGCAGGAUGUAAUGCAGUACGGGAUGCUCGCCGACUUCGUGACGUUGGUUACUGAAGCCGUGCCGGAGCUUUUUAGUCCAACCAACGCUGUUCAGCUUGUUCUGGGCCUGAGAGCAAAGCUAAUUCUGGAGCUGUGCUACAGGGAUGAACCGGCAGACGCGUGUGUCCAGCCUCACCUCAACAGCGUCCAGACGGUUCUUCGUCUGGUCAAACAGGUGGAGAGCACGGGGUUCGAAGAGGCAGGAGAUCACUUUGUGGAAGUGGUUGAGACGCUCAUCAAAGAUGCUGAGCAGAAAGAACAUUUCUUCCAGAACGUGUUUCCAGUGGUGUUUGGCCCCAGCUAUGACUCCGCCCUUCAGAGAUUGCUGUGGGACUUCCUGUCCCGACUGGAGCGCUUCCUGCCAGUGCCAGACCUCCUUCAGACGGCGGCCUGGAUCAGGUCCGAGUCUUCUGCUUUGAAAGACUGUGAGGAAUCCAUCAGGAACCCAGAAAACUUGAAAUCGCUGCUCCAUCACCAUAAGUGCCUUGGACAUCUGGACACAUGUGUCUCCUCAUCAUUGGCGCGAGAUGGUGACUGCAUCCUGAGCGCUUUGUCUGGAAAAAAACCCAGAGUGGCUCAGAUGAAGCCAAGCGAUGGUCCACAUGCUCCAACUCCUCCCAGUGAAAUGACCAUGUGUCUGAUGGACGCAACCGACGUCGAGACGGUCGUCGUGACAUCCGACUGGACGGGGAUCGAAAUAUGUUCAAACCAAGACGAGGAUGAAGAAGAUCCGCAUCUCGGUGCCGACUGCAAGGAGUCUAAAGGGAACACAGAGGAACGUGAAAUCCGAGCCGAGAAAAUCACAGAGAAGCGUUUGGAAGAUCGCAAUGGAUCUGUAGGUUGCAGGACUGCAGGAGAAGAAGAACUGCAAUGCGAUGCUGAGGAGAGCCCGAGUAUCACUUCUCCUGUGAAGUCUACCCAAACCGUGACCCGCAGGUCCGCUCGGAAACCUAAGCAGACGUGGAAGUUGAAAUUAGUCAACCUUCAGACGCAGAAACGAAAGAAUGGUGCGGAAACCCGACACAAGCGAGAGAAAACAUUGAGGAGCUCCAGAGAUGAGACGGAGAUACGCCGAGAGCAGGUCGCUUCAGAUGAUGGAGAUGCUGCUGAGACAUCGGGAUCUGCUGAUCACGUCACAAGCGACAGAAAUGCAGUUUUUGCAGAGCUCUCGUCCAGGACGUUCUCCUGCCCUCAGUGCCCGUUUACACACGUUCAGGAGCGCUACGUGAAAAGUCACAUGAAAAAAGUUCACCCGGUUUCACCGUCGACCGGCGAGAAAGAGCCUCACGUGUGUUGCGUGUGUGGUAAAGGUUACCGUUACCCGGGCAUGCUGAGGGCGCACGAGCGCAGCCACACGGGCGAGCAGCCCUUCCAGUGUACGGCGCCCCACUGUGGCCGGCGCUUCUCCUACGUUCAAGCUCUACGGCGCCAUCGUUUGGUUCAUGGCCACAAAAACACCUCUGAAGAGGCAGACGAGACUGAAGACUGGAUGUACAGCUGCCUGUACUGCAGCGAGAGCUUCAGCUCGCUCAGCGCUCGCCGCGAGCACCACAAGACUCAUCCUGAGGAUGAACUGAAGCGCUGCAGCGACUGCGGGAAGAGGCUGAGCUGUCAGGCAGCGCUGAUCCGGCACAAGCGAGGCCACGUGGGCGAGCGCCAGCACAGGUGUCUGCUCUGCAGCUCCAGCUUUGUUUGCGCUACGAGUUUCAAGCGCCACAUGAUGGUGCACAAGCCUGAGCGUCCGUACCGCUGCAGCUGCGGGAAAGGCUUCACCUACAAAGGCGCUCUGGUCUCUCAUCAGCGCACUCACACGGCCGAGCGGCGCUACAGGUGUUCCCGGUGCAGCAGGUGCUUCCUUUACCCCGGAGAACUCCGGAAGCACGAAAGGACGCACUCGGACGAGAAACCGUACCUGUGCCCGCACUGCGGAAAGAGUUUUAAAAGAGAGAGGAUUCUCAGAGCGCACGUAGCCGGCCACACCGAGGAUAAAAUCUUCAAAUGCUCCACAUGCGACAAAAGAUUCUCCUAUAAAGCGAGCCUGACGAGGCACGAGCUCACGCACACGGGCGAACGGCCGUUCCUCUGCUCAGACUGCGGCAAAACGUUCUUCUCGUUCGGCGAGCUGCUGAAACACCAGCGCUACCACACAGGGAUCAAACCGUUCCAGUGCUCACACUGCGACAAGAGCUUCACUCAGGCCUGCUACCUGCAGCUGCACACCAGGUACCACACAGGAGUGCGACCCUACACCUGCCCCCAGUGCAACAAGAGCUUCUUCACUUCCUGUCGCCUCAAACGACACGCGCAGAUCCACACGGACGAGAAGCCGUUCGAGUGCGCCGAGUGCGGCAAGAGGUUCAGACAGGCGUACGUCCUGAAAGUCCACCGCCGCACUCAUUUGGAGAAAGAACUCAGGGUUUAGUGGACUUUUAUUUUCACUGUUUGUUUUAUUUCUUAUAUUUUGCUUUUCGAAAAAACCUGCACUUUCCUUCUGAAUCGGUUAAUAAAUAAGAUUUUUGGUCAA